UUUUCAUACGUAGAAAGUUUAUAAUUUUUUUAAUAAAUUUCAAAUGAAUGGCUUGGUUUCACUCUUAUAUAUGCUGGUUCUGCAGCAUCGUUAUUAAGUAAGCACUGCGGUGUCAUUUUGCGGGGAUUUACCCUAGCCGGUGGAUACAAUUAAGAGGAUAAUCGUUCAUGAAAAUUGAUAAAACUGGAAUAUGGAAAUGCAGCACGCUCAUUAGCGACCAUUUAUCGCUGCGGGUGAUUGACACUCUGGAAGGGUCUUCUUCACACGGGAAUCCCGACAACAUUCCCCAAGUAAUCAGUCCUAUCGUCGCAAUCAGACGUAAAUCAUGGCAUUUACUAUUAAUAACGGUACCGCCGGGGAAUUCCUUGCCAACCUCACCGCGGGAUUGUCGCACUGGACUAACAUGCCCCAUCCCGUAUGGCAGCAGAACGUAUCAGCCGGAUUUGGUGCAACCUUACUGAAUAGUUCGGCCAGCCAGAUGCCGGUUAAUGACCCCGAGGCGUGGCGCCAGACUGCCCCGUGGUCAGGGAAUUAUACCAAACAGCAACGCGACGACGCUAAUAUGCUGUAUAUUGUUUUAUAUCCGCUGCUGUUAGCGUCCUGCACCAUCGGAAACACGCUCAAUCUCAUUGUACUGAUCUGUGAGAAGCGCAAGGCGUCCACGAACUGCUAUAUGACCGCGGUGGCCCUUGCCGAUAUUGUCAUACUAUGGAUGGGAAUGCCGCUGUAUGCCUGGAACACGAGCGCUACUCUUCUACUUCCGCAUUACGUCCCCAGAAAUAAAAAGAUCCUUAUUAUGGUGCUACCAUAUACCAUAUGGGCACAGGAGACGUUGCUGCAUCUGUGUGACUGGACGCUGAUAGUGUUCUCUUUGGAGCGAUUGUUGGCCAUCACACAACCAUUCAGCAUCAAAUGGCUCCAGUCAGCCAGAACAGCCCGCAUCGUCAUCGUAGUUUUGUUUGUCUUAUCAAUGGCGUUUGCGGUAAACAAUUAUGUUGCGGGCUGGUAUCCAUGGAUGUACUCCAUAAUGCCUGAAUGGUUAGCAGACUGGUCGGCCGUACAAGACAAGGCAGAGAUGGUGGUGACAUGCAUCAAUUUCUUCGGAUUACUAAUCAUCAACCUUCUGGUUAUCGCUGCCAUCCGGCGCCAGCAUCUAUCGGACAUUGGGCAGCAGCGUGCCGCGCAGACCGCCGGUCAGGAACGGCGCUAUCGCAACAGCAACUACCUGUUAAUAGGCAGUGUCGGUCUCUAUCUGUUUACUAUGCUACCUAGUCUUGUAUACAAAAUUCUGAUCGUGGCCGAGACGAAUCAGUUGUUCAACUUCCAUAAAACAGCUAAGCUAUUCGCCACACCUUUCUGCCUGAGCUCCAGUAUGGCCAAUUAUUCUGUCAACUUCUUUCUGUAUUUAACCGUCAGUGAACGAUACCGGGUGCAGUUCGUCCGUCUCUUCGCCGGUGUAUUUUGUCCGGAAUGGCUCAAGCGAAAUGCCCAUAAAUACAAAGAUACCAGCAGCAAUUUUGUGGCGACCUUUCCGGCGGAUGGCGCCCGAAGUGCGCGGGCUGCUGCGUACAAGCCCGGGAUCACUAAAAUGAAGACCGUCGACGCGAUAGAAGAUAAAGGCCGUCAUCAUCGUGAACAUCAUGUAAUGCGCAGGACACAAAGCGAGAUGCCUAGAAAUGAUCGAGAGUGUGAAGAUAAGUGAUACCAAGUUGCCAAACAUUGGAUAUCCCUUGCAACAAAUGCUUGUUAGUUGUUACGAUGCACAAUGAUUCUCUUUUCUGAUUUUGUACUCUGACCUUUAUAAAAAUUUUUAGUUUCUAGCGGUGUGAUCCAUCUGUGUGCGCUGUUGCCUAUUUCCUUUGAAAUAAAAUACU